CAACCCCAAAUUGCGGCCCUUCACCGCCGGCCGCACCCAAACUCUAGCGCACGCAGAGGCCGAGCGGCCGAACGAGCACCAUGGUGGCGGCGGCGGCGGCGCAGCAGAAGAUCCGGUGGGGCGAGCUUGAGGAGGAGGACGACGGCGGCGACCUCUACUUCCUCCUCCCGCCGCGGGUCGUCGUCGGGCCCGACGUGAACGGGCUCAAGAAGGUGAUCGAGUACCGCUUCGACGACGAGGGCAACAAGGUCAAGGUCACCACCACCACCCGCGUCCGCAGGCUCGCGCGGGCUCGCCUCUCCCGCAGCGCCGUCGAGCGCCGCCAGUGGCCCAAGUUCGGCGACGCCGUCAAGGAGGAUGCCGGGUCGAGGCUCACCAUGGUCUCCACCGAGGAGAUCCUCCUCGAGCGCCCGCGUGCCCCAGGAAGCAAAGCUGAGGAACCAGCUGCUUCUGGUGAUCCACUGGCUGUGGCAAGUAAGGGAGGUGCUGUUCUCAUGGUUUGCAGAACCUGUGGGAAGAAGGGUGACCACUGGACCUCAAAGUGUCCCUACAAGGACCUUGCACCACCAACUGAAACAUUUGUGGACAGGCCUCCGACGUCUGAUGGCCCUGCACCACCAGGUGGUGCUGUUAAGGGAGCGUAUGUUCCUCCAACCAUGAGAGGAGGUGCUGAUAGGAGUGGAGGAGAUGUGAUGCGGCGUAGGAAUGACGAGAACUCUGUCCGUGUGACCAAUCUCUCAGAGGACACCCGUGAGCCUGACCUCCUUGAGCUGUUCCGCGCAUUUGGCCCUGUUAGCCGCGUCUAUGUUGCGGUGGAUCAGAAGACUGGAUCAAGCAGGGGCUUUGGCUUCGUCAACUUUGUUCACAGAGAGGAUGCUGAGAAGGCUAUCAGCAAGCUCAAUGGGUAUGGUUAUGAUAACCUGAUCCUCCGAGUGGAGUGGGCGACACCAAGGCCGAACUAGUUUUAGCUCCUAGUUACUACAAUUGCAUAUUUCCCCAAAGUGCUGUAUCAUUAUGGUUGUUGGAAAUACCAGUGCUUGAGUCAUGCGCAUAUCAUGUGUUGUAAGCCUGUUGUGUUAUUUUGGUUGGGUGAGUAUAAUUAUACUCGCUGCUGUUUUUGCUGACUGCUAAUCUCUAAUUGAGAUUUUGUGAGGAUGGGAUGCGUUUCGUAUUUGGUCA